AUGCCUGGGAUAGUUGUUUUUAAACGACGAUGGUCCGUCGGUUCUGAUGAUUUGGUUGUGCCUGCUGUCUUUCUGAUUGUACUGCAUUUGAUAUGGAUCUUAGUGUUGGGGAUUAUCCUGGGUGUCGUUGACGCAGACUUGACAGAAUGUUGGAUCUCUCUACGGGAACAUGUCCUCGGUUACCUAGUUAUUUUAUCAGGGUCAGUCUUGGUAGAGGGUUGUAUUGCAUGGGUCAGCAUGAGAGGGACUAUUCUCUAUACAGAACCACGGUCCAGUAUGCAAUAUCUACUAUAUGUGAGACUGGGAAUCUUGGUGGCUGAGUUGAUCUGGGUGAUCAUAGGUGUUGUAUGGAUAUCACAGAAUUAUGAACAGUGUACUGCUGAUGCAGCCAAGAAGGCAAUCUUGGGCAUUGUAAUAUGCAAUUGGGUGGUGAUGUUCAGCGUCCUUGUCUCCACUUGGUGUAUGUUUGACAGUGCCGGACGGAGCUGGGUCAAAAUGAAACGCUAUCAACAGAGUCUGAAAGAUCGUGAGCGAAGAAAGGGCCCAGGAUCCGGGAGAAAAUCUGGCAGUCGAAGGAGGAAUUGGAGGCAAAGGCGCCCAUCAUAUCAUACGCUAGCUUCAGUAGAAUCAGUAGUCAGGAAAGCAAUGAGGGCCUAUGAGAAUAGCUGGAAUAGACGAUGCAACGUCCUGUUUUGUUGCGUGCAGAAAGAUCGCCACAAAAAUUCUUUCACUGAAAUCGCUAAACUGUUCACUGAAUUCUUCCGUGACUUAGAUGUCGUCCCAUCAGAUGUCGUAGCUGGCUUAGUACUUCUGAGACGUCAUCAGAAAAUGCGACGAAAAACAGUUGUUGCACAGGCCUCCAAUGAUGUCUACCAAUUCUUAUCUGGAGUCUCCAUUCGCCCUGACUCCCGUUUCCUUUGUCUAAAAGAUCCUGUUGAAUUGACAGAAUUUAAGAAAGUAGUUCACUUUAUGAAGUAUGCUCUUGCAGCAUACGGCUGGCCUCUUUACAUUAUGACUAAUCCUGGAACAGGACUUUGUGGAUUGUGCUCACAGUUAGCGUGUUGCUGCUGUAUUCCUUCCUGUAGCAACAGAGGCCAUCAACACAGUAUAGUGAUAGGAGACAACUGCUGCCAGUGUAACUUUGCUGCAUUAAAACAACAGAGUGGUCUCAAGACUAUAGACAUUGUAUAUGCAACCUAUCAUGUGGAUACUAUAGACAUUGUAUAUGCAACCUAUCAUGUAGAUAUUGGGGAGACUCCAUUCUUUGUUGCUGUGGACCAUGAAGAACAGAAAGUUGUGAUAUGUAUUAGAGGAACUCUCUCUCUACAAGAUGUCCUCACAGAUCUUAAGGCAGAUGCUGAACCGCUUCCAUUAGAUCCCCUUCGUGAAGACUGGCUAGGUCAUAAGGGCAUGGUGCAGGCUGCUGUGUAUAUUAAACAAAAACUAAAGGAGGAAAUGAUUCUCUCUCAGGCAUUUGGUAGAGACCUUGACAGGGGAACUCAGCAGUAUGACUUGGUGCUAGUAGGCCACUCAUUGGGGGCUGGUACAGCUGCUAUAUUGGCCAUACUUCUACAACAGGAACACCCUAAUCUACAUUGUUACUCAUAUUCUCCCCCUGGGGGAUUACUAAGUGCUAAUACAGUUGAAGAAACUAAAUCAUUCAUCACAAGCGUUGUUGUUGCCAAGGACGUCAUUCCAAGGAUCGGUCUUUACCAGAUGGAAGCUCUCAGGACUGACCUGAUCAGCGUUAUCAAGAAAAGUGAUGAUCCUAAGUGGAAGACUAUAUUUGGAACAAUGCUAUGCUGUGGACCUGACCCAGAGCCUAGUAUACUUCAGAUGUGUGAAUACCAGAAAGAGAAGGAGAAACGCAUGGCUGAAUUCAGCCUCCACCCCAGUGAUUCCCAGAUUGCCCUGACGACACACACCCCGUUGUUCCCACCUGGGAGGAUUAUACACAUAGUCAGGAACCACCCAAAAAAGACAGGGUGUAGUGAACCUGACCCUGUCUACCAAGCCCUUUGGGUUGAGAACAGUGACCUUGAUGAAGUCCUCAUAUCCCCCACUAUGAUCAAUGACCAUAUGCCUGAUAAUGUCAUGGAUGCUUUGGAAAAGGUGCUGAUUACAGUGGGUCCAGCAAAGCCAACUCGCAAACUCACUGAGGCAGAACGUAAAGCUCUCCUGACAUCUGACACCCCAGAAUCCACGCUAGAACGGGAGAGCAUCCAACCAGUGUUUCUAGAGCCUGACUAUCUGUCCCCCAGGGGCCUUGAUCACUCUAGGGGUAAUAGAUCAAGCGGCGCCUAUAGCGAAGGAAAUAAUAGUCUCAGUUGGGAUUAUACAUCACCACUUGAGGCUGAUAUUGCCGAUAUGCGUACACGGAAAUCCACUCGUCCUCAUUCUGACAUCAAACUUGAGCUCCUCCCACCUGGUGAUGAUUGGCAGAAUGACAAUGCCCCUUUAGCGACGCCUGAAACCCUGUCGCUGUUAUCUGAUACAUCAAGUUUGGAUUCUCAUAGUUUGCGUGGAAGUUUUAAAAGUGGAUAUCAGAAGUUAUUGAAUGGGCAGAAUAAAAUGGACCCCAUACAACAGAGCCCUCUGAGGCAGGCAAAACCUGAGGGCUACUGUUACUAUGUAAAACCCAAGGAAGAGUCCUCAGGGGCAGCAGACUCUGAUAAUUUCUAUGCCCCAAGGGAUUAUAGCCCUACUAGAAGAGGGUUUACCCUGGAGGGCACCCCACCCCUGGCUCAGUCCACGCCUUAUAAGAACCAGGUGACCACUAGGGCCUCUGUUGAGCCAAAUACAGCCCCUGGAGGCCACAACCCCACUGGAGACCACAUAGCCCUUCAUAGACACCCUUUACCAAAUGGAACAGUAUCCCCAUCACCAAUUAAGUCCCAAAAGAACUUAAAUGGUAAUGGAGAAAUCGAUUCUGGAUUAGAGAAUGACGAAACACCAACAUAUUCCGAUCUUAGCCAAAAAAUUGCCAGAUCUAAUUCUACUGAUAAUUAUAAAUUAACUUUCGAAGAAGACGCAGAUUCUUCUUUCCAGAAUGAACCUACCUAUACACGUCAUUCUCCGGAUUCAGGUGACUACCAGGUACUUUAUAGUCCCGUCGAGGGUCAUUAUUCCCAUGGGGGCAGGGGCUACCCACACGGAGGCUACUUCCCCCAGGGUGUGUCAGGAAAUGCACAUAUCCCCGCACUUAAACCUGAUAUGGAACUAGAAUAUCAUAAUGGCAUGAAUGAUCAGCCCCAGCCUGGGACUACCCCUUCAUCCUCACCCCUACACCCCCCUACUGUAAAACUAUCUGAAUCUGACUCCCAUAUAAUAGACUUGGAUAGAGAACAAACUUUACAUAGAACCAAAGAAGAGCCUAAUAUUCCUCAUUUAACGGAUAAUAACAUGAUUUUUGCAGACAUAAACAACAAACAUCAUGAUAAACUAACCAGGAAUGCUAGUUCUCCCGACAAUUGGCAGGUUGAUUCAACAUUGAAUACUCCAGAGGACGAAUAUGGUUGUAAGAUUAAAGUGCCGUCACAAUGUUCCGAUGAUGUUUAUUUGACUGAUCUAAAUGCUCUUGGUAUGGAAGAGACCAAUGUUUAAUCACUAGAGCUUAUUUCUAUGACCCUCUCCACUGGAGAUACCUUCCCACGUGACCCCAUCACAUGAUAAUGGUUCAUUCAAUGCGACCUAAUCACAAGAGGCAUUAUCCAUUGUAAUACCACAGGUUAUAUUAUAUCCCAUAAUUCUUGUCACUGGAGAUACCUUCCCACGUGAGGCAUCUUAUCAUAUGACCUUACAUACCCAUGAGGCUUCAUCCAGUGUGAGCCAAUCACAAGAGGAUUAUCCCGUGAUACUUAGAGGUUAUAUCCCAUGAUCCUCUAAAUGGGAAGUUUCAUCACCACAUGAGCCAUUGUAACAUGUGACUUUAAAAUUUAAAACUGUGGGAAUCAUUUAUAUUUACAUGUAAUUUAAAUCUUAGAUACAAAGCUUCUGUUCUUUUAAGCUUACUUCAAAUCUGAAAAUCUUAAAACUUCUAAUGAUCCUUACAAAAUUAAGAAUUCAUAUAGAACACUGCAAUACCCCAGGAUUUUUGUCUCAAGUUGGUGCAAAGUUCUCAUAUAUACAUGUAUUCACAUUUCUGACCAAAGUUGGUCAACAAUUAUGUUUUUUCAUAUUUUUCUCAUUUUCACUGGAACUUGAACAAAUAGAUUCUCAGUUGGGUGCAAACCUGUUUUGAAAAUCUCAAGUGGGUACAGUUCCCCUUUGCUUCUAUUCACUUCAGGAGAUCAAUCUUUGCUAUAUUUGCCAUAGCCUCUUCCAUUGAAG